AUGUGCCAAUUCUGUGGUGUUGAUCCAGCUUUUGCUGCCUACUUUGACGAUCCAGCAGCUGAUAGUAGCAACAACAAUGAAGCUCAACAACAGGAACAGCAAGUCGAUAUCACCAGUAGCGGCGACGCACCCGCGCCAAACUUUUUCCGUUUGAAACCAACCAACAAGCGAUAUCAAGCAGGUGGAAGAAUUACCACGCAGCAACUCACAACAUUCGGUUCGUCUCUGUCAUCCAAGGCGCGCGUCAUUAUGGGCCAUCACGGACAAGCUUAUAACGAUGCACUGCGACGUUGGUCCAAAUGCGCCGUGAAGCGCGCACUGGCGGUUGUCAUGGUUGCCGAUGCCGAAGACGUCCGCAAAACGAUAAUCAUGACAGAAAGUCACGGCCUUCCCUUCGUCGUCAAAUGUGGUGGCCACUCCCCAGGUGGCGCGUCAAGUAUCGAGAACGGCAUUGUGAUUGAUUUGAGCUUGCUGAACGACGUGUUUAUCAAUGCGGAUGAGAAACAUGUGGUAGCUGGAGGAGGCGCGCUGGCCAGCCACGUAAUCAAGGCAGCAGCUGAAUAUGGCCUUGCAUGUGUAACCGGGUCGACUAGCCAUGUAGGCAUUGGUGGAUUGAUGUUGCACGGUGGCUACGGAUACCUGACAGGCGAAUUCGGUUUGGCUGUAGAUAAUAUAGUCGCAGCUGAAGUUGUUACUGCCAAAGGCCAGAUUGUGUGGGCCAGUAAGGAUGAAAACCCAGAUUUGUUCUGGUGCAUCCGUGGUGCAGGCAAUAAGUUUGGCGUAGUAACAAAGGUUAGAGAAUUCGUCAUCCAAGCGCAUCCUAUUGCAAAGACGGUUUGGGGCGGUGCCCUCACCUACAACGGCAGCCAGGUGCAGGAAGUACUUGAGGCACUCAAUGCAUGGUUUGCCAAAGGCAAUGUCAAAGGUGCUGCUGCACUUGCACUAGGCAAAGGUGGAGAUGGCAAGGCGGGUAUGACGGUACUUCCAUUUUACAACGGUUCAGAAGAGGACGCAGAAGCAAACUUUGAACCACUGUUAAAGCUAAAGCCUGCUUCACGAGACACAUUCUCCAUGCCAUAUUGGAAGAUCAAUACCUUGAGCGAUGAGCCAACUUUAUACGCUGCCAACCCUAUUCGUUUCGCCUCAGCUAAUAUCAAACCUCCCCUUGAUGUUGAUCAUAUCCGUGGCGCACUCGAACGAUUGGAUAAAUUAUAUACUGACGAACCCGCGGCCGAUGGCACCGGGUCGUUGAUCCUGAUGGUGCAGCCGGAUGGUAUUAUGAAGCACAAGCGAACGGAUAUGGCGUUCAGCUGGCGAGACGAUCACUUUGAUGUAGGCGUCGCGGCGGCCUUUACGGACCCUAGCCUCGAGGACAAGAUGGUUGAAUGGGCACGUGACUAUGCACAGUACCUGUCCUCGCGUGGUGAUAGCUAUCGCUUGUAUGCUAAUCAUUCCGAUUUCAGUGGACCCAGCGCCCGUGAAUUUGGCAUCAAUUACAUGGAGCUAAACAAACUCAAGCAGAAAUGGGACCCCGAUAAUCGUUUUGCAAAGCUGUAG